AUGCGUUCAUCUCUGUUGAGACUGGCAUCAGCCGCAAACACACAACGAGGCCUUAAGCCCAACCCUACUGCCCUUCUUCCUCCUAUUCCUUUAUACCGUCGACUCCUCCGUGCCCAUCGCAAGCAUUUGCCAGCUGAGAUGAGAGUUCUUGGAGAUGAGUACAUCAAAGCUGAGUUCAGAGCGCACAGAAAGGUGGAUAACCCAGCUCAUCUGAUUGGUUUCCUAACAGAGUGGCAAAUGUAUGCGCAAAAGAUUGAAGGCGAUCAGUGGGUGGAUGAUAAGUUAGAUGAGCAGAAGCUCUCAAAGAUGAGCGAUGAACAAAUACACCAACUAUACGAGUUGAUGCAGGCCAUUCAAAACCGGAGCAAAGAAGGUGGCGAGCAAGAGUCAUAG